AUGAGUUGGUGUAAAAUCAACUUUUAUAUGACUGGAUUUAUGCACGAAAUAGAUGGAAAAUGCUGUUACUUGGAUGGAAUUGUGGAGAAAGGUGUUAUGGUGGAUAUGGAUGUUAUGUCUUGGUUUUUUCUUGAAGAUUUCGUGAAAUCUCGUAAGAUAAGUGGUGCAAUCAGAGAAAUGUGGUUUAAAUUACCACAUGAGAGUUUGGAUGAGAAGAGACAUGUGUAUGAAGGACAUGGGGACAAAGCAAUUCAUCUUAUGUGUGAAAUGGCAGCGUUGUGUGGAGAGUUAGAUGUAUACGUAGACCACCAUUUAUCUCCUCCAACUCCAGUUAAGGCACCUACAGAAAGGAAUGAUGACGAGAGUGUAGGUGAUUAUGACAGUGCUGAUGAUGAUGAUUUUGAAGGCGACGAUCAUACUGCUGAGUAUGAUUAUGAUAAUUCUUCUGAUUAUAUGGAUGAAUUUCCUGAGUAUGAAAGCAGUGAUGAUGAUUUCGUUGAAGAGGUUCAUGUUGUUGUUGAAGAUGAUGUUGUUGAGAAUGAAGAGAUGAAUUCGAGUGAGGAUUAUGCAGACAGUGAUGAAUUUAUUCCAACGACACCUGAAGGAACAGAUGAAGAAUGGGAAAAUUUUGUCAAGUUAUCGAGGUGGGACCGAACAAAAUUAGCCGCAGUGUGUUGUAAUGUGGGCUGUCCAUGGAGGGUUUAUUGUUCGGUUGAAGACCCAAUCAACAAAUGGAUGAUCAAGGUCUACAAAGACGAUCACAACCAUACUCCGGAGAAAUAUGCAAAUAUGUUAACGAUGAGGCAAAUAGCCACAAUGUACGCUGAGAAGAUAAGGUCAGAUCCAAGUUAUACAGCCAAAAAGAUGCAGGAUGACAUACAGCGGGAUAAAAAUUUGACUGUCUCAAUGAGCAAGUGUUUUAAGGCUCGAAGUUUGGCCUUGAAAAUUGUGCGUGAAGAUCAAGAAGUUCAAUUUCGAAAACUGUGGGACUAUGAGUUAGAGCUGCAGCGUUCAAACCCCAAUACGAGUACUGAAAUUGGAACAAAACCAACUCCGGGUCAAGAAGUGUUUCACAGAUUCUAUGUUUGCUUCGAAGUCCUACGUGAUUCUUGGAAAAGACAUUGUCGUCCGGUUAUCGGAUUAGAUGGAUGUUUCUUGAAGUGGGACUUUAAGGGAGAACUUCUAUCUGCAGUUGGUAGAGAUGCAAAUGAUGGUAUUUACCCUAUUGCAUGGGCCGUUGUACGUAUCGAGGAUACCGACAAUUGGACGUGGUUUGUGAGAAAAUUGAGACUAGAUUUAGAUUUGGGCGAGGGACAAAAUUUGACGAUAUUGUCCGACAAGCAGAAGGGUUUGAUGAAUACCAUCGAAUCAGAGUUACCUUUGGUUGAACAUAGGAUGUGUACAAGACAUGUUUUUGUGAACUGGAAGAAACAAUUCAAGGACCUCGAGCUUAAACUUCUUUUCUGGAAGGCGGCCAAGAGCUACCUUGAAAGUGAGUUUCAUCAAUAUGUGCGUGAUAUCCGAGUGUAUAACCCAUUGGCUUAUGAUGGUUUUAUGAGGGCAAAACCGAAGAAAUGGUGUCGCGCAUUUUUCAAUCCUGAGACGAAAUGUCAUGACGUUAACAACAAUUUAUCAGAGAGCUUCAACGAGUCCAUAAAAGAAGCACGUAGUCUUCCCAUGAUUGACAUGCUUGAAGAAAUUCGAAGGAGUAUAAUACGGCGGAUAUCGCGACGUGCAACUCAAGCAGAAAGGUGCAAAACCGACUUCCCUCCAAGAAUCUUGAAAGUUUUAGAGAAGUCGCGUGAGAAAUCCCGUCAUUGUAACAUAAUACGGAGUGGAUACGGGAAAUAUGAGGUGGCUGAGUUUGGGAUAAGUUAUGCGGUUGAUUUGUCUGCGAGAACGUGUGGCUGUCGGCGAUGGCAAUUGAGAGGUAUACCUUGCCAACAUUCCUUAGCCGUCAUCAAAGUCAACCGAGAAGACGUUUCUAGGUAA